GAAUUUUUUUAAAAAGAAAUUUAAUCAAAUCGUUCUUGUUGUUGUUCAGUUUACUUUCUUUCAGCGCUUUGAUUGUGACAGUUAAUUAAUUCUUUUAAUUGAUGAAAUUAAUUAAUUGUAAUUUUUAUCGAUUAUUAGGCUUAAUUGUGAACUAAUUGACCAAUUAAAAUGAAUGACGAAAGUUCAACCAAACGAGCUGAUUAUCUAGACUGGGAUGAGUAUUUUAUGGCCACCGCUCAUUUGGCCUCAUUAAGGAGUAAAGAUCCCGUCACUCAGGUUGGAACUUGUAUUGUGAACACAGAAAAGAAAAUAGUUGGAAUCGGUUACAAUGGAAUGCCGACCGGAUGUAAUGACGAUCUCAUGCCUUGGACCAAAAAUGGAGACACACCUUUAGACAAUAAGCAUCUUUACGUUUGUCACGCUGAGAUGAAUGCGAUCGCCAAUCGUAAUUCAGCCGAUGUCAAGAACUGUAGUCUCUACACUACUCUAUUUCCAUGCAACGAAUGUGCCAAAUUAAUUAUCCAAUCAGGAAUUCGUGAAGUGAUUUAUUGCAAUAUUAAAAGCCCUGAAAAAACUCAAAACAAAGCAUCGAAAAGGAUGUUAGAUAUGGUUAAUAUAAUUCAACGUAAAUUUAAUCCAAAACGAAAUGAAAUCAUCAUCGAUUUUACUGGAAAAAAGUGAUCCCUUUCUUUUUCUGUGAUAACCAUUAAUCAAAUCAAAUCGCCACAAUCAAUUAUCAGAGCGUUUUCCAUUUGAAUUAAUCCAAAAAUUAAAAAAGAACCAGUAAUCAUUUUCAUCGGAACAAAUUCUUAAUAAAAUAUCAGUCUACUUGAAGUUCAGACUAAA